AAUCAGAAAAAAGUUAGUCAUUUGUUGUACGAGGGACUCUUUGUUUAUCAAAUUAUAACCAUAAACUUAUAGUCGUAACUGGUAUUUUGCAAGUUAUUUUGUCACAUAGUUCGUGAUCACAACAAUUAUAUUAUUGAAAACAAUACAAGUAGUCCAAGGACUAUAAUGACAGACGAGGAUGUUAUCAGAAGACGACUUCUCAUUGAUGGAGAUGGAACUGGGGAUGACAGAAGACUUAACAUGUUGUUAAAAACAUUUAUUAAAUGGAGUAAUACUAAUGACUCACCUAGUGACAGUGUGGUUAUGCAAGAAAGAAUGUUUUCUCAAUUAACACAAUGUGAGUAUGCAUUUACAAAAUCAAGAAUGGUAGCAAAAAUGAGUUCUGCUGAACUUCAAAACUAUGAGAAUCUUUCAAAGCAAAUCAGUUUAGAGAUAGAAAAAUCCAAACAAGACAUUGAGGGUACCAAAGAAGACUUUCAACAUGCUAAAACCAUAAGAAAAAAUAGAGUAGAAUAUGGAGUCCUUGCUAACAUAAUAAGUGAACAACCAGACAGGAAACAAACUGAUGAAAAGUUGACUCAACUUAAAAAAGAACUACAAUCACUUGAAGAACAAAGCAAUCAGCUAGACAGUAAAUUGGAACUUCGCAGGAAGCAGUUCCAUGUUUUAAUAGCAUCAAUCCAUCAACUACAAGCUUUACUUGAGACUGGAGAGAAAACAGCAGAUGAUUCACUGGAUGUUUUUGAUGACGAAGACAUUGACAUAUUGACAAGAAAAGCAGAAUCAGAUCAAAUGGAUGUGUCAUAAUAAACUUAAAAUAUCUUAUUUUCCAUUCCACCCAUUAAAGAUUAAUUUCUAUUUCA